AGUCAGAAAAAAAAAAGAUGGGUUGUCGAGGGAUUCAUCUGUAUUUGGCAACCCGGGUCCGAGGCGUGCUCCGUGUGGUGGUGCAGGGAAAAGUGUUAGCUAACUGCAAAUAAAAAUGCCACCAAAAGGAAAGGGUGGUAAAGGGGCAAAAGGAGGUGCCUCAGACAGUGGAGACGGUGACAAGAAGGAGAAAGCUCAGAAAGGAGGCACCGCAGUAAAGGUACGCCAUAUUCUUUGUGAGAAACAUGGAAAAUGCAUGGAGGCUAUGGAGAAGCUGAAGUCUGGAGUGCGCUUUAGUGAAGUGGCAUCACAGUACAGUGAAGACAAAGCUAGACAAGGGGGUGACCUGGGCUGGAUGACUCGAGGAUCAAUGGUGGGACCGUUCCAGGAUGCUGCAUUUGCGCUGCCUGUCAGUACAAUGGAUAAGCCUGUAUACACAGACCCUCCAGUGAAGACAAAGUUCGGCUACCACAUCAUUAUGGUUGAAGGCAAAAAGUGACCUCUGUACCUGAGACUACAUGAUUCACCCAGUGUAUUCUUUUUCAAUUUUUUUUUAAACAAAUGGUGUAAAUAUCAGUUAAUAAAAACAAAACUGAAAAAGGA